UUUUAUGUUCUAGUUAAACCAGUGUUACCAUGCUUUGGCACACAUUUCAGUUCCUCUCUGGCUUCUCAUUUGUGUUUUGGCUCUUAAUGUUUCAUCAAGCUAAUGCUGAAAUUGUCUGUGAACCAGGUAAUAAGGUGACAAUGAAAAGGGACAAGUGUGAGCCCUGCGGUGAAAAUCAGUACCGACCAUCUCGCGGAUCAUUUGCAGAGUGUCUUAACUGCUCUCCUUGUGCCCGGUAUAGUGAGUUAGCUUCACCCUGCACACCAACUAAAAAUACUCUGUGUCAUUGUCGUAAGGGCUUCAAAUAUGUGUCAGGGAUGUGUGUGUGCGACAAGGGCUCAGGACUUCAGAAAUCAGGAGAGGUGGACAUUUGUAUGAAAUGUGAAUAUGGAACCUUCACUAACACCUCUGACUCAACAUGUCAACCAUGGUCAAAGUGUGAUCAGAGUGGUGAAAAAAUUCCUGGAAAUAAUACAGCUGAUGUUGUCUGUAAAAAUGCAACCAAACCAGAAGUAACGACAGUCACAAGUUCUGUCACCUCCAUUAUCUUUGUGCCACAGAUGUCCACCAACACCUCUGUGGCUUGGACCACUCCAAGCAACCCUCUUACAGAUACUACAUCUGCACACCCAAACAGCAAGAAAUAUGGCCUAUGGCUGGGACCACUGGGAGCCCUUUUGGCUCUCGUCUUCAUACAAUUUGUGAUCAUCCAGAUGAAACCCACCAAUUGCUUUCAUAAAAAGAAGCAACAGAUUAUUCUCCAAGAUAGCACAUGCAGAAAACCAGUUGAAGAAUCAGGGGAGAAAUUCCUUCUGCCUUUUGUCUAAUGCUAAAAUCAACCUCUUUUUAUGCCAAAAAUACAGUCCAGGCAAUCUAUAUUGUCCUUUUAAUUAAAAGUCAGCUGUAGGUAUUGUAUACCAAUGCAACCAAUGUUUUAACUGCAUACUUUAUAUUGUCAUUAGAUAUUAUAAAGGGCAGGGGGUAUACUUUCUAUACUGUGUGAUAGUAAUCCUAAGUGUAGGAUGUGAUUAAAAAUAAUUUUAAAUUGAAUGUGUAAGUAAGGUCACAUAAAUUUGUACAUUUUUCUAUAUUUUAGCCAUAUAAUAGGGAUUUGGGGGAGUAUUUCUAAAUAGUUCUUGAGAAUGUUUCUUAAUUCCUCUUCUGCAAUCUGUGUUAUGUGAUGGCUCCUGAGAAUUAUUUGUUUAGAGUUUUAGACUUCAUAUUUUGAGACUGAUUUAUAUACAACAUAUUGCAAAUAGAAUAAAUAUCUAUAUGUAUAAUAAAUAAUAUAU